AUGGUUUCAUCCAUUGUAGAAUGUGUUGUCCCUCAAGGCAUUGGUUCUUCAUUAUCUUCGUCCCUUUUUAUCUCCUCGUCUUCUUCGACGAGAAAUCGCAAAAGGGACCAAAAAGUCUAUCAAGUUGUCCUUUCUAAUCCGUUUUCGUCUGAAAAUGUCCGGUGGUCUCAAACUUUUAGCAAGACUCUUUCUCGAGGCCAUACUGUUAAACGAUCUUGUUGUUCAAACUUGGGCGAUAUUUUUUACGAGGAACCAUCCAAUCAUGUGGAAGGAUUAAAAGAAAGAUUUAACCUAUUGGGAGGGAAAGAGAAUGAAGGAGAUAGGAUUAACAGGCUACAGAAUGAAAUAUCUGAAACUAGUCCUUCUACCAGUAAAUAUUUAAUGAUUAAAAAUUCAUUCUGCCAAUCGGAAUUUGAUUUCCUAGAACCCAUAAAGCUCGGGAUUAGACCCGAGGCCCCGGAUUGGCCAGAACGGGAUGCUAUUAUGUGGGCGACUCUUGAACAGAAGGCUAAGAGCUUCGAUCUUCCUCUCUCUCUAAGGAUGGUAAAGAAGAAAUUACAGUUGGAAGAGGCCUUUACGCAUUCUGAAGAUAUAGUUUGUUGCUCGGUGAAAAAGGCAUUUGCCUCAAUGGUAUUCAUUGUCGUCGAGCUUCAAAGCUAUGCAUUACAGAUGAGAGAAGCGUUGAGCCAUGAAGAUCUAGAGAUUAUUAUAUCUAGAGUACAUAGGGAAAUGCAUUCGUCAUUUGUUUGGCUUUUUCAGCAAGUGUUUUCAAGAACACCGGGAUUGAUGAUAUAUGUGAUGGUCCUAUUAGCAAAUUUUAGCGUACAUUCUGCGUGCCACAAUGUUUCUUUUGCAGAAGCCUCCUUACUCGGAUCAUCAUCAAUAGAAUCAACUUUGGUUUCAGAUAGUGGAGUUUCCGAGAGAGAUUAUGUACUAUCUGAAGGAAGUGUAGGUGGGAACGACCAAAAGAUCAAUCCAUCAAAGGUGAGUAGACAUUCUCAAGUUCUUCACGAAGAACUUUUGCAGGUCGAUCAUCAAGAUUUGAAGAGUGUGGAGGAGUCGAAUUUGUGGAACUCAGUGGUGGAAGAAGCAACAAAGAUCCAAGCAGGUUUUAGAAAUGCGAUUCUUGAUCAGGACAUGAUGCAACGGUUUGUUUCCCCGGUAUCUGUCGAGCUAGAACCCGAUGACUAUGAGGACUAUCUGAGGACUGACCUUCUAUACCAGACUGCCCUAUCGCAGGAGCCUAACAAUCCACUUCUACUAUGCAAUUAUGCACAGUUUCUGCAUCUUGUUACCCGCGAUUAUGACAGGGCAGAGAAGUGUUUCAAGCAGGCGGUACAAGCGGAACCACCAGAUGCAGAAUCCUUGAGCCAGUAUGCUACCUUUCUGUGGAAAGUUAGGCAGGACUUUUGGGCAGCAGAAGAAAGAUAUUUACAAGCUCUGGCUGUUGAACCUGACAAUUCUCAUUAUGCUUCCAAAUAUGCCAAUUUCUUAUGGAACACUGGCGGGGAGGAAACUUGUUAUCCCCUUGACAAUUCCCACCCGAGCAGCUCAACUUCCAACUUCUAG